UGGAUGGUGGGUGGUGCAACGUUUGUUCAGAGGACGAAAGUUGCAGCGGAAGAGGGAGUUCGACAACGUCAUGGAUAAGGAAUGAUGGGCCUCAGCGCCCAGGCCUUCAGGCAGCCUUAUCCUGAUAUGGGCUAGCGCAGCGCUAAGGUUUAGACUAGCCGAGGACAGUUAGCGGGGCCUGCUGCAACCAUGACGUCGACGCCGUCAUGGCUGGCCAGUUUGUGCCUCGUCGAUCCAAAGAAAACAUUGAUUCGCAGUUACGCUCAUUGUUGAAGGUCACCCUCAUCAUUAUAUCACUACUAUGGCUCCCCUGGUACUUUAUUUCCCCCCUCCUCCCACAUCCCUCCACCGGCUUCUCCGGAUAUCCACUCCCUCGCAGACAGACCCUUUCGAUCCUUCGUCUGUUUUUGUUUCUCUUCCCCAUCUAUAGGGUCUCGCAUCUCUCUCUCGAAUGAUAGAUAGAUACCUGUCGCAAUCAAUAACUUAGGUUGUGCUGGGACUCUUCCAAUCACCGACUCAAUAGCGAACUCAGAAAUCUUGACAAAAUACCGUUACAAUGGCUCUCAGCAG